ACUGCCGCGCACAUGCAAAGGGCGUGCUCGACUUCACUUUCCUCGGCGGUGCUUCUACGUUGGUUGCGACCGUGGGCGCGGGAGGUAGUCCGUCUGCAGUUACCUCCACGUCUUCGGGUUCUGCAGUUAUAGUGUCUGCGCCCAACUGGUCCCAUCGUCACCGCGGUAGCCGUGGAUCAAUCCUCAGAGCCCUGGCUCCUUCGGAGCUCGAGGCGGCCAGUGUUGUCCUCUGGGAUGUUCUGCUACCCCGAAAUCGGGCUGCUGUGAUGUGUAAGUUCUGGCCGGGUCCGUUUUUGAUGCCGCAAGGGCAGAGUCGAUCCCACCCCCCUCCUCCCCCCGGGUCUUCGUGGGGAUUUCUUAAUAUUAGCUACCCGACAUUAAUGUGGAGUCCCCUUUCAAAACACUUAUGGUUGCCUAUCUUAAUGCUGAAACACAAUUUACACCUUAAUCAAUCCUUCGAAAACGCUUUAUUAUUAUUAUUAUUAUUAUCGGUGGAGGGUCAUCUUACAAAAUUGCUGCUCAAAAUAUGUGCCGAACAGCUACAGGCGAACACAACUACUAUUGUUUACUCUUAUCAAGGCGAAAAUUGCUCAAGUUGCACUUGCGUUUUAUGA